AUAUAUAAAUUAUUAUAUCUAUCUAGUCUUUUUAAAUAAGAACAAUCAAUUCCAAAUUUUAUUUUUCUCAAAAUUCCUCCAUGAUUUUCGACUCGAAAUGAAAAUAUGAACAUAUGAAGUUCAAAAUUCAAAUUCAAUUGACCCGUUCAAACAACUUUCACGUUGAAAAAUUAGGGUUUUGAAGAUCGAAAACUAGGGUUUUGGUGAUCAAAUCUCGUUGCAAAAUUCUCACAACAAACUCGAAAUUCGAUCACAAAACACACAAAAUCAUGUCAUACGAACCUUCAACAAUGGCGAACACCAUGCGAUUACCAUACACCAGUGACGGAACACCUAUGUACACCUCAAUUUCCCGAUCUACACCGAAUCCAGCUUACAACAACCCUAACGGCGGCGCCGGUCCCGGUAUUCACGCCGGAGAACGUGAAUCUAUGGCGGCAGGAGUGGAUGCAAGUGGUGGCGUGAAGCGGAAGAGAGGCAGGCCGAGGAAGUAUGCGGCGGAUGUGGUGGCGGAUGGUUCUACGGCAGUGGCGGUGUUGCCGGUAGGUCAAGGUGGCGGCGGCGGCGGUGGUGGUGGUGGUGAAGGUAGUGAGUUGUUUUCUCCGGCGACGACAGGUUCGGGGAAGAGGCCGAGGGGGAGGCCACCUGGUGCUUUGAAUAAGCAGCAUUCUGUUGCUUUAGGUUCACCAGGAGUCGGGUUCAUGCCGCAUAUCCUUGACGUUAAAGCUGGAGAGGAUGUGUUAGCAAAAAUGAUGUGGUUCUCACAGAACAGCACAAGAGCUCUGUGUGUUCUGUCAGCAAACGGUGCUGUAUCUAAUGUGACACUUAGGCAAUCAGAAACAUCGGGGGGAACUGUCACGUAUGAGGGAAAUUUUGAGAUCCUUUCUCUUUCUGGUUCAUUUAUGGUGUCUGAGGUUGACGGUCAACGUAUUCGAACGGGUGGGAUAAGCGUGGCACUGUCCGGUCCCGAUGGUCGUGUUUUAGGCGGUAAUUUGGCUGGCAUCCUAACUGCUGCAUCACCUGUUCAGUGUGUUGUAGGCACCUUUGUUCCCGCAAGUCAGAAACAAGCAAAAACACAAGUAGGCGGUAACGAGGCAGAAGUUGUUAAUGCUCCCCACAGUGAGUCAUCAGGCGGUGGGCUCGGGAGUCCUUUCAAUCACAGCAACACCAACGGCAAUCCGCAAGCCAUGGCUAGUAUGGCCUGGAGAUAAAUCCCAUUACAUGUUUGUUUUGUAAGCAAUUAAACUUUUUUAUUAGGAACCUUAUUAUUAUUAUCAACACUAGUAUUAUUAUCAACAUUAGUAUUAGUAUUAUUUUUUUUUUUGGAAUUUUAUCUUUCGAAAUGAAUUUUGUCGUGAGACCGAGUCUAUUGAUGUUGA